CCUCCGGCCGGACCAGGAAGUGAAGAUGGCGGCGGCGGCCGCGGCGGCGGCGAUGGCCGCGGACGAAGCAGAGCGGGCGCGGGGCCGGCGCGCCGCCCUGUCCUUCGCGACCAUCGCCGUGGUGCUGGGGCUGCCGCUGUGGUGGAGAACGACCGAGACCUACCGCGCCGCGCUGCCCUACGCGGACAUCGACGGGCUGGGCCAGCAGCCGGUUCAGCUGGUCGUGCCCGUGGCCGUGGUCUUCAGCCCGGGGUCCGUGCCCGGGGACCUGCCGAGCCCGCUGCCCUUCAGGGACGUGCAGGAGAUGGAGAUUUCUGUGAACCUGAGAAACAGUGUCACAUCCCGCUAUGAGAUGGCCUAUCGGGCCACCACAGCCCAGGAGGAGGCAGCUCUGGCUGCCGCCACUCCACGAGAGGCUGACGCUGCUUUGCACCCGCUGCAGGACGUCUCGAUGGGCUCCCUCACCGUGUACGUGGUCCCCGAAACCUCCUCUCUUCUGCCUCAGGGCACCACCGUCUACGUGGGGAGGCACCGCGGCGCCCUGGUGAGGGCUGGGGGCUCCCUGGCUGCCCUCCACACCCGCCUCCGGCAGGUGACACAGGUGAUGUCCUUCACGGCCGCCUCCAUCGCCUCCGCCCUCUCGGACCGUGUGCCCGAUGGCCGGCUCAGCCCCGACGCAUGGCGCGCCCUGAAAUCCAGCCUGGGGUAUGAGAUCACCUUCAGCCUGCUGAACCCUGACCCCAAGUCCCACGCCGUGGACUGGGACAUCGAGGGGGCCGUGAACCGCUACGUGAAGCCCGUCCUGGACAAACUGAGCUUGGUGGCCAACUUCUCUGUGGACUCACAGAUCCUCUACUAUGCCAUCCUAGGAGUGACACCACGCUAUGACAAGGAAUCCUCCAGCUUUCUCCUGAGCGCUCACAGCCUCCCACACGUCAUCAACCCUGUGGAGGCCCGCCUGGGCUCCAGUGCUGCCUCGCUCUACCCUGUGCUGAACUUCCUGCUGUACGUGCCAGAGCGCUCCCACUCCCCUCUGUACAUCCAGGACAAGGAUGGAGCCCCAGUGAGCACCAACGCCUUCCACAGCCCCCGCUGGGGUGGCAUCAUGGUUUACAACGUUGAAGCCCCUGCUUCCUCCCAAGCCUCCCUCCCGCUGCAUGUGGACGUGGACAUGGCACGAGUGAUGGAGGUUUUCCUGGCCCAGCUCCGGUUACUCUUUGGGCUGUCUCGGGAAGAGCUGCCCCCUGACUUCCUGCUGGAAAGCCCAGGGAAUGAGGGGCUGGCUGACUGGGAACUGGACCACCUGCUCUGGGCCCACACUGUGGAGAACAUUGCCACUGUGUCCACCACACUGACCUCACUGGCCCAGCUCCUGGACAAGAUUGGGAACAUCGUCAUCAAGGAUGAUGUUGCCUCUGAGGAUUCCUCCUGCUGA